UUGCAGCUGAAAUUUUGGACUUGAUAAUUUUCAUUCCCAUUUCUUUUCCUGGGCUGGAUUUUGUUUGCUUUUUCGCAAGAUGAUUUUCGACAUAUGUCCGUGCAUUUGUUAGGUUAUUGAAAGCAUUGUCAAGGGCAGCCCUGACAAUAGUGGUGUGCUUGUGCCUGGCAGAGGAAAGCUGAGUUUUGUGACGCAUGCGUAGAUGACUGAAUGAUGGCCGUGACAGCUGCGGGCGAGACAUGCGCAGCGGCCUCCAGAGAUUGUAAUGGCAGUUCGUUGGCCAGUCAGAGAAGCGGUCUCGGUGCAGAUGUCCCUGUGGCCAAAGGCAGAAGCAGGGAGAAGGACGCCUCUCCGAGUGGAUGGAGUCGACGUGCGGCCACUGCAGCAGUCAGUCCCACGCCUGCUUCUGCUCUUGGCAGUGCGACGCCAUCGCGCAUUCCCCGUCCCUCGUCCUCGCCAUCCCCGCGCCCAUAUCCGCGGGAUGCUGCCCCCAGCCAUGGCAUUGGUAUUGGCAGCAGCAACGAGCAGCGGCUCCUGGCAGCGUCCGCAUCAUCCCCAUCCAGACGUAUCCGCGUCUAUCGCAACGGAGACCGCUUCUUCGCGGGCCUGGAGGUGGUGGUGACCUGCGAGAAGGUACGCUCAGUGGAGGCCCUGCUGCUGCAGUUGUCGCGACAGUUGGCCGACAGCAUCUUCCUGGCCAAGGGCGCUCGCUUCCUGCUGGCGAUGGACGGGAGUCCCGUUCUCUCCCUGGAGCAACUGCUCGACGGCCACUGUUACGUUUGCUCCUCGGGCAGCGCCUUGAAAAAGCUGGACUAUCUGGCCAUCCGACCGCGAGGGCGAGUGCCGCUUGCGUUAAACGGCGUCGGCAAAACGGCGGCCCAGGAGGAGGCUAUUCUCAAGCGACGAUCUCUGGCUGAGCCCGCUUCCAGACAGGACCAAGCAGGCACCUACAAGACUAUCCUGACGAGCAGCCUCCCCACAAUCAGCCCCAAGCGCAUCUCCGUUUUCCUUAACGGGCCAAAGCCGCGCCAGCUGAUGCGCUUUCUGCUGGAUGACCGCUCAGCACAGUCCUUCACGCACGUUCUAGACGAGAUCACGCGCUUCUUUAGUCCACUGCCGGCGCCCGUACGACGCGUCUAUAACGCCACCUUUAAACUCGAGUGUUUUAAUUUGGCUGACUUUUUCCAUGGCGACGUGUUUAUUGCAUCCACCAGUGGGAAAGUUACAAAAUCGGAUAUGGAUUUGGAUCCUGAAGAAGAAAAGUUAUCAAUUAAAAGAAAGAUCAGUCGGUCAGGAAACCGCGGUCUGGGAACAAAUUCUGGGACUUACGUUGUUAGUUUCCGCGAAAAUGUCCCUUCUCCCCGGCUGUCACGCAGAAUGACCCUGCCCAAAGGAUGGGGUAUGGACGGGUCAUUGUUUAACGUCAACCACCCGCCCGACAUCCGCGAUCGUUACCACAUCGGUCGGGCCAUCGGGAAUGGGAAUUUCGCUAGCGUCCACGAGUGCAUUGAGUGGCGAAGUGGACGGACGGUCGCUAUGAAAAUCAUCGAAAUUAACAAAAUUCGCGAUAAGAAACUGAUUGGCAACGAGAUCAGCAUUCUGCGGCGUCUGAAACAUCCCAAUAUCGUUAACCUCUUGGAUGAAUACAGCUUUGCCGGACGACUGUAUGUCGUGAUGGAGCUGGUGAAAGGCGGGGAUCUGUUCAGUUUGAUCUCGGAUGUGACGCAUUUUUCGGAGACGCAGAGCGCUGAUAUGGUGCGCUGUCUGUGCCACGCUCUGGAUUACCUGCACAGUAGCCGCGUCGUCCAUCGCGACGUCAAGCCGGAAAAUCUGCUGGUCAUGGAAAGCGCUGGCGGACAACGCACUCUCAAGCUGGCCGACUUCGGACUGGCGACAUUUGUCAAGGAGAGCGAGCUGCUGAUGACGAUUUGCGGCUCGCCCACCUACGUGGCCCCCGAAAUCCUUACGGAAACCGGUUACGGGUUCAAGGUAGAUAUUUGGGCGGCUGGAGUGACAGCAUUCAUCUUGCUUUGUGGAUAUCCGCCAUUCCAGAGCGAGGGCAACCACCAAGAAACCUUGUUCGAAAUGAUCCUUGCUGGGGAGUUCGAAUUCCGUUCUCCAUACUGGGACCAUGUCUCCAUGGCGGGCAAAGACCUCAUCCGGCGCAUGAUCGAUGUGGACGUCAGUAGCCGCUACCACGCCAACCAGAUUCUCGACCACGAGUGGAUGAAGAUGCACUGUCGCCUGGAGCCGAUUCGGGAAGCAUCGGUGGUGGAGUCGUUAUCGAGUGACAGCGGAAUUCAACUCCCCGUCCUUCGGGCACAGCCCGCCACGAAGAAACUGGCUCGCAGCACCCAAAUGCUGUGUGAUCGCGAAAUGUCUCAGACCGACAGAAAAGUUACCUUCCAAGAUGAGAACGGAGCAGAGGUACGGGAAGCGAUUGCCAGCACGCACACGGGUCUUAGUCCUAUCCUUGGAGGACGUUGCAGUAAGAAGCUCUCUUCCAGUUCAGUGCGGGAUCUUCCUGGCGAGUUGACGCGCGCCUUCUGGGGCGACUUUUGAACUCCUCCAACGCUGCCGCUCCGCAAACUUCUCAGGAAAACUGAGCCGUUUUAUUUUCACUGGUCCUGUCCUUCCUUCCCUGUCUGCGGCAUUCGUCCCCUUGGUCUCUUGCAAGUGUUGCUCAAGUAUGCGUUGACUGAAUUGAUGUGCCCAUUCUGCUUUUUCUGGUACUGCCUUCGUAAGUUUGUAGGAUUUGUUGUCGCCUUCAGUUCAUAGAAACGGCGUAGCUAAUGGUUCUAGUCAGAUGUGGUUCCGGUUUCAUUCCCAUGGUUUACCAAACAAUGAACGUUCUAAGUCGUUCUUGCUCGUUUUUAGUUGUUUUUAUAAGAAUAACCACCUUCUGGUG